UCGCGGUUCCACGAUCUAUGGCGGCAUCACGAUCAACGGAGUGACGGCAGAGCACGAUGCCUCCAUUGCCUCCAUUUUGAUUGUCCACGCCACAUGGAUGUCUAAAUGUCUUGUCGGCAAUUUGCACUUUGUUUCGUUGUAAUCCGUGCUCCGAUCUGAAUAAUUUGCCUACGUCCAGCUGUCUAAUUCCUACGCAUUUGUGUACAUUUUCUGGCUUCUAAUAGCGUUUUAUUUAUUAUAAAAAAAUAAGAUGACUGACAAAUCUUUAACGGAGAUGCCAGUGGCACAGAAUGAGGUCAAGUCCAGUUGGGCUGACGAAGUUGAAGAAGAGGGAGGAGCGUUACCCGCGCCUUCGGAAGUCUACGAGAACGGUUUCAAAAUUCAGACCGAGUACAAGUACAAUCAGGACAACAAGAGAGUCAAGGUUGUACGCGUUUAUAAGAUAGAGCGGCGCAUAGUGUCGAAAACGAUCGCGGCGCGUAAAAAUUGGACCAAGUUCGGCGAUUCCGCUGACGACAGGCCGGGGCCCAAUCCAGCCACCACUGUCGGUGGUGAGGAUGUCUUCAUGCAAUUCAUAUCCAGCAAGGAGGAGGAGAACAAAGUGGAGGAAGACUCCCUGGACAAAUUGAAAAGCAUGGGCGACAAGGGUGUCGUCAAGUGCCGUAACUGCAACGGCGAUCACUGGACGUCCAAGUGCCCGUACAAGGACACUGUUCUCGCCGGUGGAAAAGUACCAGAUGACAAAAAACCUCUCGUUAGUACGGGAAUACCCGGAAGUGCAAUGGCGGAACUUAAACCGCAGGGCGGGAAGUAUGUGCCGCCCGGUAUGCGCGACGGCGGCAACAAGCGCGGUGAUUCGAUGCAGAUGCAGCGACGCGACGACACGACCGCUAUACGCAUCUCGAAUCUCUCGCAGAGCACGACAGAUGCGGAUCUGGACGAGCUUGUGAAGCCAUUCGGCUCCGUGGUGAAGCAGUUUCUCGCCAAAGAGAAACUUUCAAAUUUGUGCAAAGGCUUUGCCUAUGUGCAUUUUAAGCACAGAGCGGAUGCCGCGAGAGCGAUAGCCACGCUGGACGGUUACGGUUACGAUCAUCUCAUUUUGAGUGUCGAAUGGUCAAAGCCACAAGUUCAAAACAAUUAAAGUGGUUCCAAGCGGAAUCAGUUGAAAGCACGACAGAAUGGACAGAAAUAUGAAAUUAGUUCAGAAGCAAAUUCCUAUGACGAACUGUAUUUGUGCAUAAAAGUAUCUAUAUUCUUACGAUAUCAAAAAUAGAAAGAUGAUAAGUGAUCUUUAUUCAUUUCAUUUAAUCUUAAAUGUGAAAAUUGGAUUUUUAAUCAGAUUUGCGUUAUACGUUUAAUUAUAUUUAUAAAUAUAAUGUAUCGUAUUUGAUCAUUACAAUAUGUAUGAUUCAAUUUUGACAUUUAGAAUUAAAUGAGAUAUAUACAAGUCGCUAUUGUCUUUCUAUUUCUUAUCGGAAAUUAAGUUGUGUGAUUCUUGCAUCCUAUCCGCUCAAUCAUCCUGCUCAGGGCGAGAUCUCCAAGAUUUGGUGAAGAUCUGGCUCAACAUAGAGAUUUAUUCUCAAUUAUAGAAAUAUAUAUUGCAACUUUCUGAUAUUGUAAGAGAUGUACAUAGAUUCAUUUAUGCAAAAAUAAUUCGUUUGUCAUAGGGAUGCGCGACGGCAACGAACGCGGUGACUCGAUGCAGAUAUAGCGAUUCGACGAUACAACUGCUAUAUGCAUUUCAAAUCUCGCAGAGCACGGAAUCUGGGAGGACGAGCUUGUGAGCCAUUCGGCUCCGUUGUGAAGCAGUUUCUCGCCAAAGAGAAUCUUUAUAAUCUCUGCAAUGAUUUUGCAUAUUUCCUCCAAUUUUUGUUUAACUUCAAACAUAGUCUGACUACGGACUGCGAAUCUUUAUUUUAUUUAAAAUUUACUUAAGUAUGUAAGUAUAUAAAUAUGUAAAUGUAUAAUAAACGCACACACACAUAUUUACUAUAUAAAUUACUAUAUAAACAUACCUUCCUCUUCGAGUCUUGUCAGAAUGUGAUGAUCUCUCAACUGUACUUCUGCGCCAUUUAUAAUUUCCACUGAUAUAUAUAGAAUUACAAUUUUAACGCCGGUUUCGAGCAGUCUAGAGGAAUUUUUAGAUAUAUCAGAUAUGAGAGGGCAGGAUCUGUUCUCCGUAAUGUGCCAGUGUCUUCCGAGACAACGAUUGAAUAAAAAUCCGAUGUCUGAUCAGAUCCCCGAUCUUCGGUUCAGAAAAGCAGACUCAAUUCUAUGUGCCACGACUGCUGUUUCAAAAUAAACAUACGAUAAAAUAUACAUUUAAAAAAUAUGAGUGUAACUAAAAUAAGGUAACAAACUUCGGAGGGCGAGCUCCCCUAUCAAACAUGAAUAAAAAGUGGCUUUGCGGACAUACGUUUAUAUGAACCUACUGUUGAAAUACAGCUCAAAAUGUUUAGUUAAUUAAUAAAAAAUGAAAAAGUAACAUUUUCAAUUUUUAAUUACAAUAAAUGUUCGAAAACUGAAAAUAAAUAAUAUUAAAUAGUAAUAAAUAUUAUUUAUUUAUUUUCCGUUAAUAAACAUUUUGAGCUUUAUCUCAAUACAAUAGAUUGAUUUGGGUUCUGAUUUUGCAAUGUAUUACCAAUCUAUUAAUUCAAAGCUACUCUUGUUUACUUGUGUUAAAAAUAAUUUCAUCGAUAGAUGAAGUACCAUACUUUGUAUUUUGAAAGUCUUAUUGAUUGAAAAAUAUAUUAUAAAUUCUUACGUGA